AACGGAACAAAACUAGGUAGAGGAAACAUGUUCGCACUGGAAUUAACUGCGGAUCUGACGGGGUACCUCCGCCCCCUCCCCUGCCUCUUCUUCUUGCCGCGAACUGACAGGACAGCGUGACAAACCUCCGUCCGGUAGAUACCCAAGAAGAUCCUUACUAUUACUCCUUCCGCGUGCAGUGCACCUCCUGUCGCGAAGUGCAUGAUAAGUGGGUGGAUUUUGAUCGCUUCGUAACCUCCCCCCCCCGGCCCUUUCCUUCCCUCCCUAUUGCCAUACGGUAGCUAACAAGUUUAGACUACAACCGACAUCUCCAAGAGCCGCGGCGAAGCUAACUUUGUCUAUAAAUGCCAGAAUUGCACUGUUAUCCCCACCACCUCCUCCGCUCUUCCUUCCCACAUACUAACGGCUUGACAGCGCGAAUCAAGCGCGACUAUCAAGACAGCGCCGAAAGCCUACAUGGCCGCGUCCCCUCCGACGAAGCAGGUCAUCAUCGAGUUUGAGUGUCGGGGCUGCGAGCUCACCGAGUUUAGGGUUUCGGACAAGUGGGUUGCUGAGGGGGUCAGCGGGACCGUAUUCAAUGAGGUGGAUUUGGCGGAGGACUGGUAUGAUUAUGAUGAGAAACCGGGUGAGGAGGUUAGCGUCAAGGAGGUUGGGUGGGCUAUCCGGAGGGCGUAGUGGGAGUGGUGUUGGAUGGUUGACGGGGUUUUUGCGCAGUAUGAUGUGGGUGCGGUCAUAGCUCCCGGGACCUGUGGGUUAGAGACCGGGGUCGAGACCGUGUCAUAUGGUGUCACUCGCUGUCUGCGGCUUCGGGCCGGCCGGGAGAGUGGUUCGGCCUGGUUGGGUGCCGUUUCUUACAAGUAUCUACGGGCUUUACUGUAGCAAGACACUACCACAU